AUGAAUUUCUCAAGUAUAUUUAAAUCCAUUUCUAAUUUCCAAUUUCCGUACUCAUUGGAACAAGAUUCAAUUCACGAAAAUGCAUUAUGGGAGGUAUUCCAAGGUACUAGAAAGUCUGAUUCUCAUCCAGUGACGGUAUUUAAAGCGAAAAGAAAUCCAGACUCAGAAAUUCUCAUUUUAAAUGCAGUUCAAAAGGCUAAAGUUUUGAAGAUUCCAGGUUUAUGCUCAGUUCUUGAAACUUUUGAUUCAGAUGCACAAAGUACAUUUAUUAUAACCGAAAGAGUGGAACCAUUCCCUUGGGACUCUUUGAAUAAUUUACAAAAAAAUCCAGAGUCUCUCCAAUUAGGUAUCUCCCAAAUAUUGACAACUUUGCAAUUGUUGUCAAAUUUCAUUGUAGGAAAUAUCUCUAAGGAAUCUGUAUACAUCAAUUCAAAAGGUCAAUGGUUACUUUUUGGGUUAGAAUUAUGUUGUAAUAUUGCCGAUGUCACUUCAAAUCAAUACUUAUCUUCUGUUGAUCGUUAUUAUUCUAUCACUGGCUUCAGUAAACCAAACAAUGACAUCAGAACUUUUGAUUCGAUCAAGCUGGCUGAAUUGAUCAAAGGUCUAUUUGGUUCACUUAUUCCAAAAGAUUGGCAAAGUCUGAUAACAUCCUUGAAUAAAGGUUCUCUUUCCAUAAAACAAUUUCAAAAUAAAGUCCAAGCCACACAAACUUGGAAUAAGAAUUCUCUAAUUUCGAUUGAUCAAGAAUUAAAUGAACUUCAUAUUAAAGAUCCCCAAGGAAAAAUGGUCGUGAUGAUUACACUACAGAAUUUGUUUUUGGAAUGUAAGGAACUUUUUAGUCAUAACACCCCAAAUUUUUUGGAAGGCUUGAUUAUUCCGGAAUUAUGUGAAACAGUUACUUGGCUAAUGACACAUCAAGCUUCAAGUCCAACAACACCAGCAAAAAUUGUUUCCUUUUUAGCAAUGUUAUUGACCUUGACAUCUGAAAGUAAUUACUUCCCAGAUCAAUUUAAAGAGCUAGUUUUAAAUGUAUUCAAGUUACCUGAUAGGCAAAUCAGAUUUUUGUUAUUGAUAUUUUUACCUAACAUCAUUGGAAACCUUACUGAAACUGAAAUAUCAAACCGUAUUUUUCCACAGUUUGCUCAAGGUUUAGCUGAUUCAGAUUCUACAUUAAGACUACAAACUCUUAAGACAAUUCCAUCAAUUGUACCAAGUUUGACAGAAAGACAAUUGAACAAUGAAUUACUGAGAUACUUAGCAAAAACACAAGUGGACCCUGACGUUGAAAUUCGUACAUGGACAAUUAUUAUUAUUACUAGAGUUUCUUCAACAUUAUCCACAUCAUCAAAUAGAGCCAGUAUCUUAGCAACUGCCUUCACCAAAUCUCUGAAAGAUCCUGAUAUCAAGCCGAGAUUAGCUUCAUUAUAUGGGUUAGAAAAAUCUAUUGAUCUAUUGGAUGUCAACACUAUUGCAAAUAAAAUAUUAACUGUAAUUGCACCUGGUCUAUUGGAUAAACAUAGUCUUGUUAGAUCUAAAGCCAAAGCUUUAUUUAAUAAAUACUUGAAUAAGUUAGAGGCAGAGGCAGAAAAGUUACAAGAAAAGACAGGCGAUUCUAACGAAAAGUCUAAUGACAUUAAUUUUGAUGCAUAUGAUAUUGAUGACGAUGAGUUAAGUAGACAAUUCAUGGAAAAUUUAAGAAUGAAUUCACCUCAGUUAAAUGAUAUCCAAUUACUACAAGAAAAUGGAAAAAUGUCAACAGAUAAUGGUUGGGAUAAUUUUGAAACCGAUACUAAUAAUGAUAAUUGGGACGCUGAAAACGGAUGGGAUACAAAUGAGACAGUUUCUUCACAGUUAAAUAAGCCACAAGGAAAGGUAAUCAAAGUAGAAGAAUCUUGGAAUGACGACUUAGAUGAUCCAUGGAAUGAAGGUAAUGAAGCUGCAUACCAAGCGACUUUAGAAAAUACAAAAAGAUCAAAUGGAAUUUUAAGUAAUGGAGGCAUCAAAAGUAAUAAUAAAACCGGAAGCAAUAUUUCUUUGAGUGCGAAGAAAAAAAUUACUCAAAAACAAACAACAAAACUAUUAAUUGACGAUGACGUCGAAGAAGACGGAUGGGACGAUAACUGGUAA